AUGGAUUUGAAGGAGGAAGUUCUGCUGCAAGUUAAUUCGACGAUCAUUGAAAGUAAAGGAGGUCCGUUACUAUUUAUCCUUGUAUUGGAAAAUGAAAUAGCAUCACAGUGUUUUCUGUGUGAUGGAGUUGGAAACGUUGAUACGAAGCUCAGCCUUUUCAGCUGGAAAUCCUCUGAUCCAAUUGGAAUCCUAAUGGUUGACCCGGACAUUUACGAUUACGAUGACAUGUUACAGUCGUUGAAUUCGAAACAAUACAUUAUUAAAUCCAAGUUCCAUUACUUCCCUGAAACUAGCAAUUUGAUACAAUGGCAUGAGAGUGUACGAUAUCCUUAUAAGCUAAUCAACUGUGGAGUAGAAAUUCAGGAUGAUCAUUCCGAUUUAAAACUAUUAAAACGUGAUUUAAAAGAUCAUUUGGAUAGGAUGAUUCAAUAUCUUGAAGAUAAUGAUAGACCAAGCGAUGAAAUCUUGAAAGAAAUUUGGUUAUUAAAGCUAAGAUACAGUAGAACAUCGGCUCCAGACUUAGAUUCAGAAAUCUCUAGGCUGGAAUCUGAUAUAAUGAUGAUGCAAACGAUGUUCAAUCAAAUGGAAACCAAUGCAGAAUUAUUCUAA